CAAAGAUUAUACAAGGAACAAGUGAACAGAGUUUUAUUUGUUAUUGGAACUGGUUCCAACUCUAUUGUAAAAGAGCUUCCGGUCUAACGAGGGAACGCAUAAUUAUAAUCCCAAAAGGUUGCAUCAACAUCUGGUCGGGCUUGGCGUUAUCAAGGCUUAUUGACUUAACAUUGAAUCAGCUAGCUUGGCAAUUAAGACCGCUUACACAAUCGCCAAUCAAGUUUUCCCAGCAUGGCUGCACCUUCCAUGUCACUCUUGAGUCUCGACGACGAUUGCUUGGCGAAUAUAUUCAAAUAUCUCGUGCUGGAUGAGUUAAUGGAGCUGUUGGGUAAAGUUCAUCCGCGCAUUGAUUACGCUAUUGAACGGCAGCUGCACAGAUUUCGUAUCUUUGAAUUUUCGAUGCGUUUUCCGCCUAAAUAUGAAACAGACCAACUUCGCACGCUUGGUAAAUACAUCAAAUAUAUCAACAUAAAUGUGGGCUACUCCAUACACCAGGAGGAUGCGCUGGCUAUUCUUCGGCCCCUCUGUAUGGGCGCUAAGGAAAGCGGACGUAUCAAUGCACUCAAAAUACAACAUGCCAACAUAACGAUUGAAUAUAUGGAUGUAAUCCGUCUGGUGGCUCCUCUGCUGCUCAAAUUGGAUCUUCGUUGCUGUGACGUGGAGGAUUCUGAUCAAUUUUCCCUGCUAUUGGAUUCGGCAAUCAAACUAAAGAUUCUGGCACUAAACUACAAGGAUGUGAUAGGCCUAGGAUCAAUGCUGCUGAGUCGGCUGAGCAUUUUAAAAGUUAAUUGGGUGGCGGGAACUUUCGUACACCAAUUCAAUCAGCCAUCUUUUUCCAUUUCUAAGAGUUACUAUAUGCCAGGGUAAUUUAGGGACUAUAUAUUUUCCCUAAUAAACGUAUCAGUGCGGAAUUACAAAAAU